AUAUCGCCGCUCCUCAUUUAUUCUUAAGCACCGGCGGUGCACUUCACACAUUCAAUUUUGACAGCCGGAUAAGUUUUUUUUUCUUGUGUGGAUUUUUGCUUCGAAAACGUAUCGGCUCAACUUUUAUUUAUUAGAUGUUUUGCACUCGUUUCAUUCAUAGCACCUUACAUUAAAAUUCAUUCACAUCGAACACAUAUCGGGGGGCGGAUAAUCGAAAAAAAAGUGAAAUUCGUGAAUUUGAAAAGUCAAAAGUGCACCAGAAAAUAAAACUAAAAUUAAAAAUGUGGUCGUCGGUAAACAUUUUACUUUUGAUUUGUGUGUCAUUUGUGAUUAGCGAAGAUUAUAAAAAGCCCAGCACAUUCGCCGUUUCGUUAUCGAAAGACAAUUUUGCUAAAGAAACCGCAGAAUUUUAUUACAUGGUGCUAUACUAUUCGCCGGAGUGCGAAGUGAGUCAAAAGUUCCUACCCAAAUACGAAAGAUUAGCCGAACAAUUCAACAACAAAAAUGGCUUAAAUUUCGGCACAGUCGACUGUACGACCAGCAAUGAUCUGUGCACGGCAAAUGGUGCCGAAGCGCUAGAAAUCAUCCUCUACAAAAAGGAUGAAGGCAAAGCCAAAUUCCGUGGCGUUCGGAAUGUCGAUGGUGUGACGAAAUUUUUGGUAAAACAUUUAGGCGAAGAUAUUUUGAAUAAUGUCGUUGACAUACCGGAAAAAUUGGAAGCUAUCAACGAGCUAACAGACGACACUUUCACCGAUCAUGUGAGCCUUGGCCAGCACUUUGUCAAAUUCUAUGCUCCAUGGUGUGGACAUUGUCAGCGCCUAGCACCCACAUGGGACGAAUUAGCCAGCGCAUUAGAGUACGACGAAACCGUUUCAAUAUCAAAAAUUGACUGCACACUCUACCGACCGAUCUGUUCACAAUUCGAGGUGAAAGGUUAUCCGACCCUGUUGUGGAUCGUUGAUGGAAAACGCGUCGAAAAGUACACCGGCCAGCGAUCGCUUGACGACCUGAAAGCGUAUGUGGAAAAGUCUGCUGGUAUUAUCGUCAAACGAGCUGCUGAACCAGAUGCCGCACACGCACAAAUCAAAGUCGACGAAGCGGUGUUACAGUUGACCACACAAAGUUUCGAUCAUGCCAUCGAAAAGGGUGUCACUUUCGUGAAAUUCUUCGCUCCAUGGUGUGGUCAUUGUAAACGAAUGGCACAAACAUGGGACGAACUAGCGACCAAAUUUGUUGGUGUAGUCGAUGUUAAAAUAGCCAAAGUUGAUUGUACAUUAGCCGAAAGCAAAGAGGUCUGCUCCGAGCAGGAUGUAAAUGGAUUCCCAACACUGUACAUUUACAAAGACGGCGAAAAAGUUAGUGAAUACAGUGGCAAUCGGUCAUUGGACGAUUUAUUCGAAUUUGUGAACAGGCAAAUCGGUUCGGAUCGCGAUGAAUUGUAAAUUAAAUGUAUAAACCGCGUGUGCUGUAUGCCUGUGUGUACAUUUUUUUAGAGGGUUAACCAACUGAAUUGUACUUUAGAGCACUUGCCUGUCCGGAUUGCUCUAAAUUAUUUUACUAAAAUUUGAAAUUGUGUACCGUUUCGAGAUAUUCAUUGAAUUAAAUUUGCAACACGAAAGUUGGUAUGAAAA